AUGCUAAUGCCCAGUAGUGCAAAGCUACCACACAAGAACACUCUCGAGAUUCGCCUCGCUGAAAAUGUAGUCUUCCUCCGUGCUGGAGAUGCAACAGGCCGACUACGUUCUAUCCAGGCCGAUGCGCCACCGGGGAUGCUCCGCGGCCUCCUCACUCUCACUCUCGUCAAGCCAACCCGGAUUUCGUCUAUUGAGAUCGAAUUGAUGGGGAAGACCAGCACUGCUUGGCCAGAAGGCAUCGGCGCACGCCGCAUAGAUAUCUCCGAGGAGCACGACAUUUAUUCAGAGUCUUACGUUCUCUUUCGGGCUGGUUCGUCCCCCUUCAGCAGCCGCCGUACCCUCUCAGUAGGCCCAGGUCUCGCGCUGGAUCACGAAGACGAGGACCAUUCCGACCACUCCAGCGAACAGCUUGAUGCUGCACGAACACCGGAAGAGCAGAGGGGACGUGACCGGGGCCCACCAUCGGCUGGUUUCAACAGAGCCACCCGACGGCACCUUAGCGUGGACCAGACAACGUUCCAACGCGGCUUCGUCUCACAUCGCGAGAACAGUGGUCAACUUCCUCCCUCACCACAGUCCCCGGCAUACUCUCCGGAAGCCACGCCACAAUACUCGCUUAGCCCCAGGAAUUCCAUCUCAUAUCGUAUGCAUACGCUAGAAGAAUCGCCCCCGCGGAGCCCAGAUAGCUCUCGGAUGACUUACGGCGAUUCUGACGCAGAUCAUCGUAGCACCUUCUCGGGUCGUUCUCAGUCGCUCGUCCCAGAAUCCACUACAUUUAGUUUUCCCCAGGACGGCCUGUACUCGGGGCGCCCCAGCCUCGAUGAGGAUCGGGAGUUUCAAGUCGGUAACAGCACCGGCACGCUGCAACCCCGCUCGCUGUCGCGGUUGGCGCCCCGCAGGGAACCUUCGAGGUCAUCAGAAGGUACAGAGAUGGGCAGCGGCGAAGACGCGCGUGGGAGGAAGCACAAGCGCUUCAGCUUCGCGAACGUGUCGAGUGUGCUGUUAGAUGCGGUUAGAGAUCAUGUACGGUCUCGUUCUCCCAUGAUAGAGCAAUUCAGGGAGGCUACACCACCUCGGGGCAGAGCCGUGGAACGGACGCUCGAGCGACCGGAUGGGGCACCUGCUGGCCCGAUGCAGGCGCGGCUCCGUGGGUAUGAUGGAGAGAGUGCAGAGGAGAUCGGGGACGGCUGGAAAGAGUUCCGGAAAGGUGUAUACACUUACCCCAUCUCAUUUGCCAUCCCAGCGAUGUCCCCGCCCACUCUUAAUUGUGACUACGGAACGGUAUCGUGGAACCUCAAGGCGUACGCUCACCGCCCUGGCACGUUCACGUCGAAACUCUCUGCCACGCAAGAGAUCACUGUCGUCGCGUGUCCUGGGGAGGAUGAUACGGAAGAAAGUGAGAGCAUCAUUGUCGAGCGCCAAUGGGAGACGCAGAUGCAGUACCUCAUCUCGAUCUCCGGGCGCUGCUUCGCAAUAGGCGGCGUCAUGCCCGUCACGAUCACGUUCAUGCCAUGGACGAAAAUGAAGAUCCAUCGCAUAUCCGUUCUAAUCGAAGAAAAAAUCGAUUAUUGGACGAACUUUAAGCGUGUCGUCCGGUCAGAUCCAUUAGCACGAGUAUCCCUCCUCUCCUACAAGUCCCCUCAAAAAGAUGGGCCUCCCAUAUUACCCUUGAACCCAGAUGACCCUGACGCCUUCCGAAAUUCUCCCUUCGUCGAUGUAGUAGGCGCUGACACCGACGUGGGUGAGUUCGCCUCGAGUCUAAUGGGUCCUGGGCCGUGGACGCUGCACAAGGAUAUAUCUUUGCUCAAGGAGCAUACCCCGCUGCACUUCACCAACAAGAAUCGGCGGAGCAACAUGUCCGUGUCGCAUACGCUCAAGAUUGUUUUCCGAGUAGAACGGGGCGACAAUGAGGCUCUUGACCCGCAUACGGGAAAGCGAAAAUUGUUUGACAUUGUUGUGCAAACCCCCAUACACAUACUUUCUUACCUGUGCAAUCCCGAACACCUGUCGUUACCACCAUACUCACGGGUAAUGGAACCAACUCCCGGAACGACGCUGCACUGGACCUCCUUGCCGGGCAGCGCCACGCAGCUCAAUGGCGACCGCUCGCGCUACACGUCUCUACUAUCCCCUGGCCCUGUUACGCACGCGGAUUUGGGGUUCUCUGCUCACUCCAGUACCACUACUUCGGAACAGAGCCUGAGCAUGAGCAUGAGUCCCAGCCACACGGGCGCGGCCUUCGAACCCGACUCAAUUUAUGAUCGCAGCACACAGUUCGAGCGGCUCGUCGCCGGGCAGGAGAGCGAGAUCGGCGAGGCGCCGCCGUCCUAUGAGGCGGUCGUCCAUGCAUGA